AUGGAGAAGCCCAACGGCUCGGGGUUCGGAUUCGGCCGGAACCCCGAUCAAUGCCAGAACCCCAUGUUUCCCUCCCUGUUUCAACUCCGUUCCUCCCGCUACGACGUCUGGCCAGAUCGGCGCGGUAACGAAUCCCGGAUUGAAACGACGAUGCAGCCGCAGACGGCAGGCGUUGCAACGACUGGCAAGUCCAAGACGGGCCGGCCGGCAGGCUACGGCCAGUCCUGCACCAACUGCUCCAAGGCGAAAUGCAGAUGCAUGCUGCGGGCGGACGGCGAGGCCGAUGGUGGCUGUGAGCGCUGCUACCGGCUGGACAAGUCUUGCGAAAGAAUCGUGGCAAAUCGAAAACGCACGCAGAAGCGGUCGGCGAGUUCGAGGACGGCUCAGCUCGAGGAGAAGCUCCAAGAUCUCGUAUCGAUAUUGCGAGCCAGCCAACACCCCGGCCAGCAGGGCGUCGAUGCCGCUUCCCUGGCGCAGUCGUCCUCUUCGUCUUCGCCCUCGCAGUCGCUGCUGCACCAGCUGCCGCCCAGCCGACUAGACUCCCUCGUGGAAGCGGCAACGGCCAACACGGCCAGUACCAAGACGCGGCAGAAGGCACCGCCGCCACCGCCGUUGUUUUGCAUGGAUCAACCAGCAUGUGCAGAUAAUACCGCCGUCCCUUCGGCCGUGAACGCGUACACGCGUGCCGAGCCGACGCUUGAAGAGGCAGAAGUCUACCUCGCCAAGUUUCGCGACUGGCUGAAGAAUUUCCCCUUCAUGCACCUGCCUGCCGACCUUACGGCCUCUGCCCUGCGUCAGAGUCGGCCGAUUCUGUGGCUCUCCAUCAUGAACAUGACGAGCAUGUCGUUGCCGCAGCAGCACCUUUUGAGGAGCAAGUUUCGCCAAGAGAUUGCCGAAAGGAUGAUCUUCAACCACGAGCGCAGCAUGGACCUCCUGCUGGGCUUGAUCGCCUAUCUCGUCUGGGCCACCAUGAACACCGGCCCCAGCACCAAGCCGUUCCUCAUCCUCUACGCCCAGCUGGCCGCCGCCGUCCUCUUCGACAUGGGCUUGACGCGAUCCCCCAACGAGGAGCAGCAGUCGGGCCUGUACCUGAAGGUUUGGAACCUGCGGCCGACGCCGGCGCCCAAGACGCGAACGCUGGAGGAAUGCAGGGCCGUGCUCGCCUUCUGGUUCUGCACCUCGACCUGCACCUCCUUCAUCGGCAAGAUGGAGACGCUCAACUGGACCUCGCACAUGGACGAGUGCUUGGCCCUUCUCGAGCACGAGCGCGAGCAGCCGCUGGAUGAGGUCCUCGUGGCCAUCAUCAAGAGCCAGCUCGUAGGGGAGGAGGCGCAGAAGCUGCUGCGGCUCCAGGGAGCGACCGAUGCCGGCCAAGGGCCAAGCUUCAUCUACAAGACCGGUCUCAUCAACCGGCUGGACCGGCUGAAGCAAAGUCUCCCCGCCGCACUUCACUUUCACUAUCUGGUCCGCUCGCAGCUGUACGCCAUCGAGGCGAGCGUCCAUUCCAUCGGCCUCUUCACCGAUCAGCCCAUCCCGGAGGCGGCGAGGACGAGCAGCAUGUACGCCUGCACCAAAGCCGCGAGCUCCUGGUACAGCGCCUUCUUCAGCGUGCCGCUCAUCGACGUCCCCGGCCUCCCUUUCGCCGUGUACGUGAGCAUGUCGCACAUGCAGGCCAUCCUGUACCGGCUCACCACCUCCACCGACGCCAACUGGGACAAGGAGAUUCUCCGGAGCGGCGCGGACCUGCUUGUUCUGCUGGACAAGACCAUCGACGUGUUCGGCAACAUUGCCCAGGUCUACCAGCUGCGCACCGACGACAGCGACGGUACGCUCUUCACCAAGGGAGCGCGCAUCCUCCGCAACGUCCGCAGCUUUUGGGAGCCCGAGCUGUCCCAGCACCUGCGCGGAGCCAACCUGCCGACGCCGAACAGCCAGACGGGCCUGGCCAUGAGCAGCAACCUGGCCGUGCUGGAGCCGAAGCUCGUCGCCGCCAACGACAGUUCCGUUCAGGCCGAUGCGGCGGCUGUGGCCUAUGAACUCAACGACCUAACCUGGAUGACGGACAUUUUCGGGCCCUGGGAGCUGUAG